UGGGGGGGGUGUCGUUGUCCCCGUCCCCGGCGUUAGGACCCGGGCCUGGACGGUCGGUGCCAGGCCCCGAUUCCCGGCGGGCUCCCCGGGCGUGACGUCAGACGCGGGCCCGCCCGGUUCCCGGCCCCUCCCGCUCGGCAAAAUGCUGCUCUCGGUGCCGCCGCGCUCCGGCCUCCCCGCCUUCGCCUACAACAAGAGCGGCAAGAAGCAGCCCUAUGUGCCCCCGGCGCAGCCCCUGGGCCCCCCCAGCCCCAGUCCCGCCGGGGGGGCCGCGGACCAGCUCAGCAAGACCAACCUCUACAUCCGGGGGCUGCACCCCGGCACCACCGACCAGGACCUCGUCAAGCUCUGCCAGCCCUACGGCAAGAUCGUCUCCACCAAAGCCAUCCUGGACAAAACAACCAACAAGUGCAAAGGCUACGGCUUCGUGGACUUCGACAGCCCCACGGCGGCCCAGAAGGCCGUGACGGCGCUCAAGGCCAGCGGGGUGCAGGCGCAGAUGGCCAAGCAGCAGGAGCAGGACCCCACCAACCUCUACAUCUCCAACCUGCCGCCGGGGGUGGACGAGCAGGAGCUGGAGGCGCUGCUGAAGCCCUUCGGGCAGGUGGUCUCCACCCGCAUCCUGCGGGACCCCCACGGCGCCAGCCGCGGCGUCGGCUUCGCACGGAUGGAGUCCACGGAGAAGUGUGAGGCCGUCAUCACCCACUUCAACGGGAAGUACAUCAAGAUGCCCCCGGGGGUGCCAGGUGGGCCGGCCCCCCCGGACCCGUUGCUCUGCAAGUUUGCGGACGGGGGGCAGAAGAAGCGGCAGAGCCAGGGCAAGUUCGUGCCCAACGGAACUUGGGCCCGGGAUGGCGACGCGGGCACUGUGACCUUGGCCUACGACCCCGCGACGGCGCUGCAGAACGGGUUCUACCCUGCGCCCUACGGCCUGGCCCCCAGCCGGAUGGUGGCCCCCACCGCCCUGGCCCCAUACCUGCCCUCCCCCGUCUCCUCCUACCAGGUCCAUGGUCCCGCCUGGAUGCACCAGUCCUACCUCCUGCAGCCCACGGGCGCGGUGCUGGCCCCCGCCGUGGACCACGCCGUCCCCCUCCAGCCCUCCGUGGUGGCCCCCCUGGCCCAGCAGCUCGGACACCUCUCGCUGGGCAGCGCCGGCACGUACGUCCCCGCUGCCGCCGCCGUCCCCGGAGCCUUCAUCCCACCGUACCCCCCGGUGCCGCCCGCGCUCCCGCUGGAGGACGGCGGUGCUGCCCCGAGCCACGGCCCCAUGGAGUCGCCAUCGGAGCCCGGCGCCUUCCCCUACCCCUACCCCAAGUAGCGGCGGGGGGGCCCGCCCCAGGGACCCCCCCCACCCCGGCUGCUGCGGGGCGGAGCGGGGGGGGGAGCUGUGCCGGGAUCCCACACCCGGUGCUGUUCCCCCCGCCCCCUUCCCCCCCCCCGCCA